AUGGAUGAUUUUCUCAAGAUUGAGAAAAUUGGUGAAGGUACAUAUGGUGUGGUAUAUAAAGGAAAAAAUAAAAUAACUGGUCAAUUUGUGGCUAUGAAGAAAAUCCGCUUGGAGUCGGAAGAUGAAGGCAUUCCUUCUACGGCUAUAAGAGAGAUCUCACUGCUGAAGGAGUUAAGUCAUCCUAAUAUUGUGAAAUUAGAAGAUGUUUUGAUGGAAGAGUGUCGCCUUUACCUCAUUUUCGAGUUCCUGUCUAUGGACCUAAAGAAAUAUAUGGACUCUCUUGGAAGUGGGAAAUUCAUGGAGCCGGCGGUGGUGAAGAGCUACCUGUACCAAAUAAACAGUGCUAUUUUAUAUUGCCAUCAGCGCCGCAUACUGCACAGAGACCUCAAGCCCCAAAAUCUGCUCAUAGACAAGACAGGUAUUAUUAAGGUAGCUGAUUUUGGCUUAGGACGUGCCUUUGGUGUACCGGUAAGAGUGUACACACAUGAAGUUGUCACUCUAUGGUAUAGAGCACCUGAAGUAUUGCUGGGAAGUCAGAGGUACUCAUGCCCAAUAGACAUUUGGUCAGUGGGCUGCAUAUUUUCAGAAAUGUCGUCCAAGAAGCCCCUGUUCCAGGGAGACUCGGAGAUUGAUCAACUCUUCCGCAUCUUCAGAAUGCUACGCACACCCACAGAAGAGAUAUGGCCAGGAGUGUCUUCUCUCCCAGAUUACAAACCUACUUUCCCCAAUUGGAACACAUUCAACCUGCAUAAUCAUGUACAGAACCUCGACGAGGUCGGUAUGGAUCUACUACAAAAGAUGCUCGUGUACGAUCCAGUUAAAAGGAUAUCGGCCAAGGACACGCGUCGCCACCGAUACUUCCGCGACGUGAAACUACCCUCCGGACUGGCCGUCCACGCCGCUUAUAUAAGAUACGCGGCUGAUCAUUCGCCCGAUACUGAUUCUAGUGCUCAAAGUGUUUAA